GUGUAGACACGCCUCAUCAGUCGGGACGCGCCACGCUGCCCAGCUGUCACCAACUUGGCUAUUAAUGGAUGCGAAGCGUUUGUUGUCGGCAUUUACCUAGACCUGCUAUCAUUAAUAUGUCGGCCAAGGAAGUGGAGGAGUUGCGUCGCCUUAUCGCUGUAGCAGAGGCUCGAGUCGAGGCUGAACAACACUUGCGCGAAGAAGAGCAACGUCGACGCGAGGCUGCGGAAGAGCUCGCCAGAGAGUCAUUACCGCAAACACUUGAACAGUACCUCGAAGCUACGCAUCAACUAGAUCUCAGUAUCCAAGUCGUAACAGACCCCUCCUCGACUACUAAGGGUGACACUACGAAUCCGACCAGUCGGAUAUUCCCUCGCCGUAUUGUUCCGUGGCUCGACUUUGCAACAGAGCAACGAAGGAUUUGGGAAAGUCUAUCCGUCAGUCCGCAAUUUUGCUCCGAAGCCGCCUUUCCUUCUCAGCAUCAACUAGCAUAUGUUCAAUCUAUUCUUCAACCUAUUAGCAGCGAGCUUGGACUCCGAAACUUCCAGCGCGAGGUGGUCGAGAAUGCUGUUCAAAAGCUAGUCGAAAGGGCAUAUGAGGACCCGGUGUUGAGGACGAGCCUUGACUUGCAAGGGACAGUUACCUUUAAGAGCCACACUAACCUUGGGACCCCCGAUGACGCACUAUCACAGUCCAUGGAACAAGUAUCAAUCAGCGAAAGCGUUUCCCGUGAGGGGCCAUCGAUAUCCCGAACGAAACGGCAACAAAAAACGCGGCGGCGAGCAAGGGGCAAGGGCAAUAGAGCGGACCAAUUUUGCAUCUAUCGAAAGUCAGAUGCACGAAAUGAACCAACUCUCGCGAUCGAAUACAAAGCACCGCAUAAAGCUACUAUGGACGAGAUCGUGGCUGGUCUGGAAUCGGAGGUCCAGCCCGAACAGGACGUGAUCCACCAGGAUCUUGAUAGCUUCUCAUCGACUUCUCGAGCUCUCGCUGCCGCCAUUGUCACCCAGCUCUUCUCCUAUAUGGUCGGAAAAGGCAUACGGUACGGAUACUUCUGUACUGGCCAGAUCUUCGGAUUUCUCCGCAUCGAGGACGAUCCAUCAGUUGUGCAGGUUGCCCUCUGCGUACCAGCCUUGGACGUUGUAAAUAACGAUGAGAACAGGCUUCAUCUUACUGCCACCGCGCAGGUCUUUGCGUUCUUGCUCCAAGCGAUAGCCACCGAACCACCUCCGGAGUCAUGGCAUGAUGAAGUUGACAAGCUCGACACUUGGGCUGUUGAGUAUGAUGACAUUUUGAGCAAGAUUCCUCCGUCCGCAACGAAAUCAAAGGAAAGACGUGUAUCGUUGUACAAGCCACAAAAAUGGGCAGGGUUUCAUCGAUCACCAAUUCAAACUCGCUCGCGUUGCAACCCUUCAGGUCCAGCGGUCGCUCAUUCAGAAAGCGACGAUAAUCCGCCAUCACCAACACCAGGGGCAGGUAUAACAGCUGCUCAGCAACCGACAUCAGCAGGGACCGUCAGCUCAAACGAAAAGAAUAAAGGUGGUAAAGGAAAGCAGUCGAACCAGGGUAUCCAGCGGCAACGCAAUCGCCACGCAACGACAGCAGUUAACAUUAAGGACCGGCUAUAUUGCACUCAUAAGUGCCUGCGUGGAUUGGCGAAGGAGGGCCCGCUGGAUCCAGCCUGUCCGAACGUGCACAGCCAUGGGCAGCGUCACAUCCGACUGGCGGAGUUUCUACAUCUCAUACGGACGCAACUACACAUGGAUCGUGGCCGCAAUGCCGACUGCGAAUGCCUAUGUUUGGCUGGCCUGCGUGGUGUGCUUUUUAAGGUGAGACUCACAUCGCAUGGGUACACGAUGGUCGCAAAGGGCAUGGAGAGCUUCGAUCAACACUUUCUGCACCAUGAAAAAAAGGUGUAUGAUGUAUUGAGCCCUGUUCAAGGAAGAUACGUGCCUGUUUGUGUUGGCUUCGUCGACUUGGUGCUCCCUUACCAUUUUGACGGUGGUGUUUACACCCAAUUCCUCUUCCUUAGCUGGGCUGGGCAGUCUAUGCCUAAAUCUGUCCCUUCAAACGGAGCAGCAAGCAUCAUGAAUGGAGUCAGUGUGGCAAUGAAAGCAAUACACCGGCUACGAGUACUGCACGGCGAUGCUGCAUGGCACAACAUAUUGCUUGAUGCGAACAAAAGAAUUAUGGUAAUUGACUUUGAGCGGUCGCAGCUGCGCAACCAACGUCCACUAAGGCAGAUAAGUAUGAAUCUACCCGGAAGGAAGCGCCGGAAUUCAAUUAAGGAUGAGUUCACGAGAGAGUUGCGGGCGGCUCUUAGCUCUUUGGAAAGCCGAUUCAGCAUUAGUCAGGCAGGUGCUUGCAUGAAGAGCACCUAAACUUGGAAACAGGCGGGAGUGUGCUGUUAACUUUUAUCGAAAUUUCAAUUCGACUUUAAAUAGGAACUAGCAUUAGCUAAGUAUUUAGUAUGGAAUCGAGUUCUGUAAUUGCAUUCCGUCACAUCUGACGACACUGGUCCAAGUAAUAGUUGCAUUUAUCUG